GCAAGAUUUAAGACACAAAAUACAAGUUUAUUUUUGCAUUGUAGUUGUAAUAAUAGGCAUUGGCAUAGGCCUAUUGCAUAGCAGACGAAAUAUAUUGCUAUUGUUGGUAUUACGACCGAUUGCAAUUUUUGGGAGCCCAAUUUUUUAAAAACUAACUGGUACAUUCUAGUUUCUGGUACUAGGAAAUAGAAGUGCAUAAAGUAAGGGAAUUAAUGUAUUGCUAUUUAUUAUAUAAACAUAGAAGUAGAAGGCCGCUAAGCAAAAGUAAGGUCUAGAACUAGACUCUAGUCUAGAGUCCAGACACAUUUUUUCUAGAGUCUAGAGGCCUAUUCUAUUGAUUCUGAGUUAGUGGAGUUUGUGCCGGUAUUCCGUUUGUGCCUAUAUAUUAUAUUAGCAGCCACCUGGUUUGUUAUGUUUUAUAAGUAUAUAAUAUAGUAUAUAUAGAUUAUAUAGACUAUCUAUAAAUUAUAGAUUCGGGACACUUUAUUCAGGCACCCUUUCAAAAUUCAAGUUUAGUUAGAUGCAUUUCUGAAUUUCUGCUCAGUGCUGUUUUUGUCAGAUCUAGGAAAGAUUAAAUGACUUCUGAUGAAAGGCUUAUUUUUGUUUGAAAAUUUAAAAAAAUGUGUGGAGACACCAGCAUAUGAUGCCAUAGCCAUAUGCUAUACUAUGUCAAACUCGCUCAUGUCUCAUCAUUUUCAGUGUUCAGUUUCAGCAUAUCUGGGACUAUAGUUAGAUUCUAAGCCAGGGCUAAAUUAACUAAAUAUUCAUAGGCACCGCUGCCUGGUUUUGUGAUCAAUAAUUAAUAAUAACAUUUAAUAUACCACUGGUAAUACAAUACUUGAACCAACAUAAACAUGGUUGAAAUUAUUUUGAAUAAAAUAUUAGGGCCAUACUAGGCUACUAGGGCUAAAAUUUAAAUGUGUAUGAUUCAUGAGGAUAACAACUUAAAAUAGUGUGCAAUUUAUUUUAUAUAGGACCUAUUAUUUGCUGUACUGCAUAGGCUUACUGUAUACAGACCUGUUUACUCGUAGGAUUUUGGCGUACAAUGUACGAUUUUGAGGUGUAUACAUUAUAUACACUGAUGUUUAUUUUACUAUUAAGAUAAUGUAUUGAUUGAUUUUUUGAUGAUAUUGUACGAUUUUAAGAGUUUGAGGGUAAACAGGUCUGCUGUAUAACAAUUAUUAUGUUAAUUUUAAUGUAAUAGUCUAUAUUUGAUAAUUAGGUUAUAUAAGCCUAUCAUGAAUCAUGUAGGUCUGAUAUUUGUUUGCGAUUUUUAAAAUAGGCCUAAGUGUUUCUUUAACCACUUUGCUACCGAUGACGUCGACGCGAUCUCACAGUCACCCACUUUCAAUUACCAAGGACGUCACAUUGUCGUCAUAACAAAAAAUUAAGAACUUUUCUGAAAUACCAAGGACUUCACGUCGACGUCAAAUUUCAAUGCCAUAUAUUUCCUUAUUCGUUAAUCUAUAGAGAAGUUAAAAAGCGAAUCGGAUAGAGUUCAUAGAGAAUAAAUAUACCGAAAAUUCCAUUUGCUAAGUUUUUUAUUGAUGAGUCAGAAAAAAAUCGAUGCCAAAAUCCUGCAGUAGUGAAGGGGUUAAAAGCAAACGAUUUUAUGUUUAAGACUAUCAAAACAACUCAAAGUAAUAAUUGGUACUGUAUAUGGAAAAUUUCCACAUGUACAUCUCACACACUGUCAAAGUUUAACAAUUUGAUCCUUAGCUUUUAGCAAACUUCAUGUUUGACAGGCAUACUGCAAAUAAGAGAUAAAUAAGAUUUAAAAAAUAAGAACAGAACAAACAAAAAUGAAAACAGACCUAACUUGAAAAAAAAAUUAUUUAAUUUUAAAAUUUUGGUGAAAAGGAUGUGUUACGAAUUAAAAUAGUUCUGGAAAUGUUUCACUUUCAGAAAAAUAAAAUUAGGGAUGGGUUUGAUCCCAUGAGGAGUAUAUCCAUUGGGUUAUUUCUUUUGGGUGCUAUCAUACUUUUUGUUUCUUCUUCUUCUUCUUCUUCUAUAUCUUAAGGGCCCACGAUCAAUUUAUUGAUCAUUUUGGCUCCUAUGCAGCCAUGUUUGUUUUGUUUCAUAUAAAGUUUCUUAAAACUGUAAAAAUUAACAUUGCAUACACUUUAACUGUGUCUUAUAAGUGUUAAGCAAGGAAGUAUCUUUCAAAUAAAAAUGUAUUUUAAAUCUUGUUUAUAUUUCAAAUAUAUUGUUAAAGCAAAUACAUAAAAAGCAGACAAGUUUCAAGUAUAUAAUAAAUCCUCAGGUUAUAACUACUAAAAAAGGAGAAUGAUGAACGCAGAUCAAGUUAGAGACAGCUUUAUUAACUUUUUCAAGGAAAAGGAACAUACAUAUGUCCACUCAUCUUCAACAAUCCCCCUGGAAGAUCCAACACUUUUAUUUGCAAAUGCUGGUAUGAAUCAGGUAUGGAAAUUAUCUAAAGUGAAAGGAAAGGAGGAAUAAUAAGAGUAAUUUUCUGUCUGCACUUUUUGUUUGUUUGUGCUUAUAUAGAUGCACAUUUUGAUGAUAUUCUUUUUCAUGUCCUUUGCUUUAACUGUUUUUGACAGUAAUUCAUAUGUUAAAUGCAUAUGUUUAAUAUAUGUAUUAAGGUAUAAAAAUAUAAACUGCUUAUAUUUUUUUGUACAUAUAAAUAAAAUAAUAUUUAGAACAACUUCAAUUUUAUUUUAUUUUUUCUUCCAGUUUAAGCCCAUUUUCCUGGGUAUAGCAGAUCCCAAUAGUGAUAUGGCAAAAUACAUUAGGGUUGUGAAUUCUCAAAAAUGUGUCCGUGCCGGCGGGAAACAUAAUGACUUGGACGAUGUGGGGAAAGAUGUAUACCAUCAUACAUUUUUUGAGAUGUUGGGUAACUGGUCUUUUGGAGACUAUUAUAAGGUAAUUUUUUUAAUUGUAUUAUUGUUGCAAUUUAGUAGAUAAUUUUUUUAAGUUCGUAUUAUAAAUUAAUUUUAAAAAUAAAAAACCUCCUGAUCUAGUGAUGUAUGCAGCUCUUUGAAUGAAUUAAUGGAAUUCUUUUCAUUAUUAAACAUAAUAUUUUUCACUAUAAAAAUACUGAAUCAAAAAAAUUAAUUGUAUUAUUUGCUUUAAUGUAGUUUCUAAAUUUCAAGUAUUAGUAUUAAAAUAUUAUUCCUGGGGUCAUGCAAAGUCAGCUGCCUGAGGCUCCCUAAAUAUUUCCUUAGCUGAUAUAAAUUAUAAAUGGCUCCUCACUCAAAUAAAAUUAGCUUAAGGAAUGCUAAUUUUUAAUCAUAUAUGAAAAAAGUACUCGGCUCAUGAAUCAUUAAUAAAAAAAGUUAUUUCAGUAAGCUUUCUUUGUUAUUCACACAGAAAGAGGUUUGUACCUGGGCCUAUGAGUAUUUGGUUGGCAGACUGAAACUGGACAAAAACCGCCUCUAUGUGACUUAUUUCGGUGGAAACACUGAAAUGGGGCUAGAACCAGAUAAUGAGGCGCGUGACAUUUGGAUCAGUCUAGGGUAAUUACAUUGCUUCUGAAAAUAAUGCAAUCGUGGGCCAUAAAUAUUAAAGUGGAAAAAAUCACCUUUUAUACAAAAUUUAGAGUUCUUUCUUAUUAGAGCUUGCUUUAAGGAUUAAGAUUCUGUAUAAUUUGUUAUAUUAGAAUUUUGUUUAGCAUUAAUUAUUUUAGAAUAUAUUUUUAGAAUUAAUCAUGUUAGAUUUUAUUUUUAGACACUUCGAUUGUAAUAAUUUCCAUUUUUAAUUAUUUUUCUUUUACAAAGAAUGGAACCAGAAAGGGUGUUGCCAUUUGGAAUGAAAGAUAACUUCUGGGAGAUGGGUGAGACAGGACCAUGUGGCCCUUGCUCGGAAAUCCAUUUUGAUCGUAUUGGUGGCCGAAAUGCCAAGGACCAGGUCAACAAAGAUGAUCCUGAUGUUUUGGAGAUCUGGAAUCUUGUAUUCAUUCAGUACAACAGGUUAGCAAGGAAAAUAUUAUUGAAAGCAAAACUGUUCAUGUUAGCAUUACAGUUUAUGAUAAUUUCUUUGUGAACUCUCAGGUCUGAUCUUGAGAAAAGCUGGUGGGAUUUAUAAUAUAAUGAGAACAGGACAUGAUAAAAUUAAUUAUAUCUAUCAUCAAAGUGAAUAUUGUCAUUAAGUCCUUCUUUGACUUAUUUGCUCUCAGUGGGGCAUAGGCCAUUCAAAAAUUAUUCUUUCCAUUUACCCCAGUUCUGAGCUAUUGUUUUCAUGCUGAUUUCACUACUCACUGUUUCUCUCAUUCUCUUUCGAGUUCCUUUUUACACAUUACAAGUUCUUUUUUCUCUCUGCCAUCCUGUGGAUUCCAUGACAGACACAGUUGAGCUAUAUUUGUUAUCUCGUUUUAGUUAUAGUAAAUCAAAUAAAGAUUGCUAGACUAAAAAAGAACAAAAAUCCUUAAAUUAGUUUGUCAGAGCCCAGGUUUAGUUGUCUUAUUUGUGUGUACAAAUUUGGCUCCAGGAAUAUCUUUAAUGCAUUGUUCUUAAGAUUGAAAAUUUUUGGCACAGGGAAACUGAUGGCUCUCUGAAGUCCUUACCCAGAAAACAUAUCGACUGUGGCAUGGGCUUUGAGCGUAUGGUUUCUGUUGUCCAAAACAAAAGAUCUAAUUAUGACACUGACCUCUUCCAACCUCUAUUCCAAGCCAUUCAGAAGGUAUGUUACGACUUAUUCCCCCUGAAGGUAUAUUAAAAUAUGAAUCAAUUAAUAUUUUGUUUUGUGUUAUUUUAAAAUAAUUUUGUUGCCGUUGAAAUAUAGAUUUUUAACUUAAUGAGCUUGUCACAAAGGGGAAUAAUUUUGUGUUAAUCUAUAUGAAUUACCCUAUCGUCUGCUUACAUUAUUUCUUCUGUCUUAUGUGAAGUUUAAACACAAUUAUUUAACCCAAAGGCCACUGGUUGCCCGGAGUAUCAGGGACGUGUCGGUGCUGCAGACACAGAUGGGGUGGAUAUGGCUUACAGAGUUCUGGGGGAUCAUGCUAGAACUAUUACUGUAACCCUAGCUGAUGGGGGACGUCCCGAUAAUACAGGAAGAGGGUAGGAUUUUUAGUUUUCAUUUUGCCUCAAUUCAAGCCACUCAAUGUGCAAUGGUCAUAUCUAUUCUUGGCCUUUUUUCAGACUAUAUGAGAUGCAUCUUUUUUUUAUUAAGUAGUUAUAUAGAGAUUUAAAAAAAAACUCUUUUCAGCUAUGUUUUGAGAAGAAUUUUGAGACGUGCUGUGAGAUAUGCCACUGAAAAAUUGAAUGCUAAACCUGGAAUGUUUGCUUCACUUGUUGACACUGUUGUACAGCUAUUGGUAAGGAUCUUGUUUUUUUUUGUGUGGUUGUAUAUCAGUUCUUAACAAGGCACUGGCUGUCUUCUUUUGCCAUAGAUAAUUUCAUGACCGGAUUUGUAGAAAAUUUGUUAAGGUAUUAAACAAAAUAAUUAAUCAUAUUUUUUAUUUAUAUUUUACAGGGGACAAAAGUUUUGUUAUGUGCUAAUGGAGUGCAAAAAUGUUUAAUUACAUUAAAUAAAUCUGGAACAAUCAACAUGCUUUUUACCAUAAUUGUUAUUAAGUUAUUUUUAUUAUUUUUGUAUUUCUCAGGGUGAUGCAUUUCCUGAAGUAAAAAAAGAUCCUGAAACAGUAAGAACAUUUUCUUUAAAAAUGUGCUCUUUAUUUUGUUUACAAAUAUUUUUCAUUUCAUUUUUUUUUCAUAUAAAUGAUGGGGAAAAAAAAAUUAUUUAACUUUUCUUCUUUCAGCUUUAAAUCUUAUAUUUUCCAUUUAAAUCAUCUAGAUUAAGGAAAUCAUAAAUGAAGAGGAGGCUCAAUUUCUCAAGACAUUGUCAAGAGGUCGUCGAUUGCUGGAGAGAAGCAUCAACAAAAUGGGUGAUGUCAAAACUCUGCCAGGUAGUUAAAAAUUACAAGUUUACCAUUGAAAGAAUGAUUUAAAAGAAGUCUGCUCACAAUGAAAUUUGUAUUUGCCACUAAUGUUUUAUAUUAUGUUAAUCUAGACUUUCUUUCCCUAAUUAUAAUUUUAAUUCAUCAACUUUAAGUGGAGGAACCAUUACCUUGAAAUAAAAAAUGUUUUCUCAUUCAUAUUAUAUCCUGUAUUUUAUAAAAGUACUGACAAGGCAUGAAACACACAUUUGAUUGAAUAUUGAAUUGUACCUCAUACAUACAUUUUUAAUAGUUGAACUUUAUCACUUGUGUUAGACUUUAUUUAAAGUAAAGUCAUAUUGUAGACUUUAUUUAUUAUUUGUGAUGUUAAGUCAUAUUGUAAAUAUUGAUUUUUAUAGGUGACAUUGCUUGGAGACUUUAUGACACGUAUGGCUUCCCUGUGGAUCUGACUUUGCUGAUGGUAGAAGAAAAAGGCAUGAACAUAGACAUGCCAGCAUUUGAAGAGGCCAAAGCACAUUCCUUAGUAAUGUCUUUAAAUUUGUUAAAUUUCAUUUAGAGUUUGGCACAUUUAAUACAUAGGUUUCAAUUCAUCUAGGCAUUAAAAAUACCACCAGUAAGUUUGGAAGGAGGGGAAAACCAUUUCCUUGUAAAUGUUUUAAAAAUUAGCCUUGUUAUUAGAUAAUGUUUACAUCAUUAGAAAUCGAUAUUUUUUUAAAAUCCUCAUAUCAAUUAUUUAAAAAUAUCAUACCAUUUAAAUAAAUUUCCACAAUUUUUAAAAAAUAUAUGAACCUUCAAAUGAACAUCCAUAAAAAUGUUAAAAAUAUUAGAGCCUUUAAGGAACAUUCAAAAAUUCCUUGAAGAAAUAGAAAUCAGUGUUUCUUGUCUGAUCAGCAACUUUCCCAAAGCAUCAGUGGAGUAAAGGAAGACUUGAUUUCCUUGGACGUGCAUGCACUGACUGACCUCAAGGAUAAAGGUGUACCACCCACAGACGAUGCCCACAAGUAUUCAUAUCAGGCAGAUCAGAAUGGAAACUACUGUAAGGGUUAACUUGUACUAUCUUCUUCUUGGGGUUAUAUUAUAUCUUCGUGGGAUAAUUUAACAGUAAACAUUUUUAGAGGUAAUUUUUAUUACAAUGCACUGCAUGCUGUACAAGUGAUAACAAAAUAUUAUUUAUAGCAUUUAUAAAACGCAGAGUAUAGUAUUAAAAGUUAACUAAAAAAAUGACCUUAACAAUAACAUCAUACUGUUGAUUAAUCCCCAAACCUUAAAUUAUAUUUUACUUUGCCUUCAACAAAACUGAAAUGUUUGUUAUUAAAAUGAAUUUGAUGUGUGUUUUAUUCUCUACCAAUACUUAUUAUUGAAUAAAUAAUUACAUAGCUUAUAAUGAGAUAUGUUAAUAUUUAAAAAUGGUUGUUUCAUAACAUGGAUUUCCAUUGAUUGCAGCAUUUGAGCCAGUAACUGCCAAAAUAAUAGGCUUGAGAUAUAACAAACAGUUUGUGGAUUCUGUGUCUUCUGGCCAAGAAAGUGGCAUUCUGCUUGACAGAACCAACUUCUAUGCUGAACAAGGUGGACAGAUUUAUGAUGAAGGAUUUAUUGUUAAAGAAGGUGGUGAGGUAAGGCCUUUGAAAAUUCAAGUUUAGACAUUAGAUUUUUAACAUUACAUGUUUUAUAGGGUUUUUUUUUUUUUUGACGAAAGAUCUGAAAAGUUUUACCUCAAGCAAAAUUAACCCCGUAGGAUGGAAAUAUUUUUCAUUGAAAACAUGUCAAGGUUUUCAGCUUUGUUUAUGUCAAGUGUACUCUAAGUAAUGCUUUUUUUUUACAAGUAAUGCUAUGACAUAGGUAAUUGUAACACAUCUACUCUGACAUGGCGUGGGAUCUUAUUUCUUAUGCUGUGGGUUAUGUCAGUAGUAUGGUUACUUAUGUUAAUACUUCAGGAUGCCGACUAAGACUUAUUCAUUCUUCCACUUGUUAUGCAGGCACGCAAAGAAGAAUGCUCAAUUCUGGUUAAAACUUACAGUACUUUAUUGAAUCACACUUGACACUGAUAAUAAUAGUAAUCCUUGCAUGAAUGUAAAUAAUUUUUACAUGUAUAUAUUAUAGUAUUCCACCAUUCAGAAAGACACGUCCUCACACUACUAUAACUCAGCUCAACUGUCUAAUCACACAGCUCUCCUAGCUCUACUGUUCUCUACUGCUCUGCGCUCAGCUCUGACUAUCUCAGUCAACUCAUACUUUUAUUACCAGCAAAGUGUGGAAAACAACCGCUCUGACAAAAACAUAAUUUUACUCUCCAAAAACGUGGAGCUCACAUUUGUUCUCAAAAAUACAAUCCAUUGAUUGUCUCUCCCCGUGGAAAAACCUGGUCAACACAAUUCACUGUUCACUCACGCUACCUCUCUGUUUUCUUGUGACAUUUGCCUCCACUGUCAUAAUUUUGACAUAUCUGUUAAAAACUGGUUCAUAAAGUCAGAUGUUACUCCCCUUUAUCAUACUUCAAAUCACUGAUGCUUACAAUUUCCCCCAGCUCACACUGAAGCCUGUUUAUAACAACAUAUUAUUAUGUGUGUUUGUUGCACACCUCAAUUUAUGGUCUUAUUUGAUCACCUUUACAUAUGUUCAUCAGAGUCUCUCUAUUUUUUUAUAAAUUAUUGUACCAAAGUUGUUGUUUUUUAAAAUGUUUAACAAUCUCUGCAUGGACUCUGCAUAAGAAAAGGAACAUUUUCAUGAUGGUUGAGGUACAGCACAAAUAGACUGAACUCAUUGCAAUAAUUAUCCAACUAGAAUCUUGUGUGCCUUCAGAUUAUACAUUGAAUGAAUUUAUGAAAAAAUAUUUAAGUACCAUUCAGUUGCAUUUUGGGAUAGAUUCUAUCAAUUUAUUUUUAAAAAGUAUCUAAGAUAACAGUUCUUCUCUUUGAUCUACAGGAUGAGUUCAGAGUUAGGAAUGUGCAGGUGCGGGGAGGUUAUGUUCUGCAUAUUGGCAUUGUUGAAGGUGUGUUCAAGGUUGGAGACACUGUCCGCCUCUUGAUUGACGAGGUCAGUUUCAUUUUCAUCUGAUUAACCGGUACUUUAGUCUUUUACCUUAGCCUCUCCACAGAAGACAAAAUUUAGAUGCUGUCUAUUAUUUAAAAUCAAGAUCAAAAACGUACAAUGUAUUUUUCAUUCAAUAUUAAUUUAUUUUUGUUUAUAUGUGGUUUAUCUGGAUACACUCGUUUUAGUUUUGAAGCAGUGAUUAUGUUAUUGUUUUUUUUUUCUUCUAAUUUAUCAUUGACAUGUUAAUUCAUUUAAAGGGACCUUCCUUAGUGCAUAAUUAUUUUUUAUAGCCCAGAAGAUGUGCCAUAAUGAAGAACCACACUGCCACUCACAUCCUCAACUUUGCUCUCAGAGAUGUAUUGAAGGAGACUGAUCAGAAAGGGUCCUUAGUGGCACCAGAUAAGCUCAGAUUUGACUUCUCUGCCAAAGUAGUGAUGCUUAUUAAUUAAAUAAAAUAGAUGAAAUGCUAUUUUCACAGUUUACCAUAACAACAUUAUUGCCGAUAUUUAUAACUAUAAACUAAAGUUUUUUUAACUGUUAAUAAUUUUAAACUUAACCCUCUUUUGUAUGGCAACAAAUAUUGAAUGGUUAUUUAUUAACUUAUUGGUGAUGUCUCUUUUGGCUUAAAUAGUCCUUUAAUUUAAUAUUUCAAAAAUGUAAAUUCACUUUAAGUUAAGUUAUUAUAAUUGACAUCAUUUUUUUUUAUGGGAAUAGCAUCAGCAUUAAGAAUGAAAUACUUAUGUUUGACCUAUUUAGGCAGCCAUGUCAGUGCAAGAAGUCAAGGCGGCCGAGGAAAUAGUCGUAAACAUGGUAGCCAAAAAUGAACAGGUUUAUGCUAAAGAGACGCCACUAGCAACAGCAAAAACUAUCCAGGGCUUACGUGCUGUUUUUGAUGAGGUAUUGCUCUGAUCCAAGAAAAAAUACAUUGAAAUAUUAUUUUUACACAAAGAUUUAUGUGCUAAAAAUAAAAAAAUUUUUAUUGAGGUCAGCAAAUGUAGUUUUAAAAUAUGUACCAAAAAAAAUUUAAAACUCCUUUUUUUUUCAUUCUUACUUGAUGUGAAACUGAAAUGAUAUUUUAGAAAAAUUUUGUUUAUGGCUCAUUCAUAGAGGUAAAAGUAUAUGACACUCACAAUAAGGAAUUUAUUUCUAACAGGUUUAUCCAGAUCCGGUCAGAGUUGUAUCCGUGGGUAUCUCUGUUGAUGACUUAGAAUCUGAUCCCAAUGGUCCAGGUGGUUCAGUUACAACAGUGGAGUUUUGUGGUGGCACGUAAGUUAUGCAUUAAUAUAUAUUACAGUGGUUCCCAAACUUUUAAUGUGUCAGGACUUUGCAACAAGAGAAAACUUAUAAGUAUUUUUAAUACAAGUUAGUUAGUUGUGAUAAGGCAGUUCUGUCCAACCUUUUUGACUACGUGGACCAAAACAAUAAUUUCAGAGAAGCCGAGGGCCACACAUGAAAAAGAAAUAUUUUUUGCGGUACUUUUUAGAAAAUUGUAAAAAAAACUUUAGUCCUUUUUUAUGAUUUAUUUUGUCAUGAAUUGUACUUCCAAUUUUAUUAAUUUGAGGUAGUUAUCAAUAGCACCUGCCCUUAUUAGGUUUUCUAAAUGUUCACCAGUCAAAGUGUUGGCUAUUUUGAACUUCAUGUUGAUCAUCACAGAGAAUUCAGCCUACUGACGUAGGGUGCUUCCAAAAACAAAAUUUCCAUAUUUGUGAAAAUUCAUGAGAAGAAACACAUCCAGAAUUCAUUUGUCCACACAUUCUUAUGUUUGUUUAUAAAAAUUUUUUUUUAAAAACUUAAUAGAAUCACUCCUACUGUUUCUCACAAAUCCUCCCUGAUUGAAUAACACUUGACUACAAACAAACACAGCUUGUAUCCUGCUUUCUACUCAUUGAACAUCUCAUACUCAGAUCUCAGAAUAUCAGGUACUUUUCCCCAAAGUCACAACAAUAUAGGAUGGACACACACACUCCCAUAUCUGGCUGGACCACCUGUUUUAAUAACAUGGAACCAUUAACAAUUCACACUGCCAACCAUAUUCAUUCAUUUGUGACACCUUUAGUAUUUCAACCCCCCUCUCGAUUUAUCUGACCUGAAGACUUUCCUGUCAUAUUAUCAUCCCAAUAAUUGCUCACCUGUCUAUUUCAUCUAAAUUGCUUCCAUGGUGGGGGCAUUGACAUUUUUACAAUGACCAAAUAGCUACACACCAAGUUACUUUUGGUGUCCCUAUUCAUCUUCUCAAUGCUGUUAGUAAUUAUACCCGAUGCCCCAUAACACCUCCCCUGUACAAGCAACAGAAAGAAGGAGAAGAGAGCAUCUGAUUUUAUGUCACCCACAUUCCCAAAUGGUUGCUCUGCUGAAGUGCUUAACAUUAAUUACUGCUACCUGUCAAUCGAUCCCACUCCUUAGCUUUUGUGACCUGCCGCUUUCCCCAUGUUAUAUCUUCUCUUGUGCUCUCACAGGAUUUCCCAACAAAAGUAAAUCAAUGAAUGUGGUUUGAUAAUAUUUUCACUCUAAAAGGUUUGAUUUUUUACACACAUAAAAAUAUCUCAAGUUGUUGCGGCCAUUUAAAAUCAGCUCACCGUCUGGACAGCACCGUGAUUGAUAAGGGAUCUCCAAAACAGUUAUUAAGCUUUUUUUUUCCUCAGGCAUUUGAAAAGAUCUGGUCAUAUAGGAGAAUUUGUUAUUGUAACUGAAGAGGCCAUAUCAAAAGGAGUUAGAAGAAUUAUUGCAUUGACAGGCUCUGAAGCUCACAAGGUAAAAAUAACUGUGACAAAACUAAUUCAUUUUCUUCAUUCUAUGUUUUGAUACAGCGAUUGUGAUUCAAUUUUAUCUUGUGUGGUGUAACAGACCAAAUUUGGCUGUGAUUUUACACACGACACUAAUAUUCAUCUCUACCACAUCUCUACCACAGGAUGGCGGAGUAAUUGUAUCAUAACUUAGUGAAUCACGCAGACCUGUUUACUCUUACGAUUUUGGCGUACAAUGUACGAUUUUUAGAUGUCUUUUACGAUUGUACGCCGAGACCCGCAAAAACUACGAUUUUCAGAGACCCGGUAAAAAAAUUAUUGGGGUAAUUUUUUCCGAUUAAAAAAUUAUUAUUUUUUCUUUUUUUGUGGAAGUUUUAGCCCUUUUUAAUAAAGAUCAGGCAGUGAAUGAUUGUAUUAGCCGAUACACGUCUGCUAAACAAAGUGACCGCAGUUUGCCGUUAACGUCAGUCAUCUACUGUUUACCUACAGUUCCAUAUUUUGACGCCAGCUCAGCUCGAUUCCACUGAACACGCUAUAGGAGUAGUUAUUGUAUACAUUAUAUAUACUGUAUUUUUAUUUAUUUAAUAUCAAAAUACUGCAUUGUACGAUUUUGAGACCAUAUUGUACGAUUUUAGGAGUUUGGGGGUAAACAGGUCUGGCAUGGUGAAAAAAAGGGGGGGGGGUGUUGGUGGGAAUGUCAAAGGCUAUAAAAAUAGCACCGCAAUGUAUCGUAUUGAGGGUGAUGAUUCUCAUAGUGUUGCUUUGUGUCUCAGUGAACUAGCUAGCUGUGUCAACAGUAAUAAUUAGACUAGUCGCCUAGCGACAGCUUCACUCACCAUGCUACUAAGCGUUUGAUGUAGUUUUGUUACAUAAUCGUCUAAACCGCGGCGAUUGUAAAAACGGAGGAAACUAGAGAGCAACGCCGACCUUAAGGUGUUCGACCUGUGCCCUGGCACAGGGCGCCGUGACCCAAGAGGGACGCCUAGGGCACCCAGAAAUUAUUGAAAUUCACUUAGCUCAUUAUAGUGAAGUUUGAACCUUGGUUCCGGGGUCGAGAAACGGUCUAUGUAUAGCAUCAUAACACGUGCUCCAUAGCCUACGACCUAAUCGGAAAAAGAUCGGAGCCAUACGGGGAAGGGGGGCAUCGAACGGGUGCUUCGCACAGGGCGAACGUUGGACAUAUUUUAUAAGAUCUAGUGGUAUUUAAUAAAUAUUUUUAGAACUCAAAGCAGCUCUAUCCCCUAAGUGAUUUUAAUGCAACAGUCUGUUUGGUAUCACUACUCCUACCCGCCCCUACCCUUUUUUUUUUACAGCUUGCGGUAGUUAUUAGGCAGGCUAUGUUAACUUGAAAAAUCAAGCGCCUGUUGGAUAUGGGAUAGUACAAUUUUUUUUUUUACCCAUUAAUGAGGGUGGGGAAAGGUUGUUUCUACCGAGCGAAAUAACUACGUCACCAGCACGGAAGGACGUCUUGGUGGACUACAGUGUGUUGUUAUUUUGCGUACUGAGCACUGUGUAUGUUAUAUAUUAUAUAUGGAUGUCCCAUUGUCCAACAGCCCUGGCGUUUGAAUCUGGCUGCAUUGACGGACGUGAAAAUUGCGUGGUUUUAAUGUUUCUAUUAAUGGAAUUGGCGCUCCUUUUUGUUUCCGGUACAGUACCGUAGUUUAGUGUACUAGUUAGUAGGCCUAUAUUACGACAUGUCCUCGACAAAAAGAAAGUUACACGAAACCGAUGAUGAAGAAGAAACUUCUACCGAUGCACAUCAGAUUCAACCUCGGUACAGUACCGUAGUUUAGUGUACUAGUUAGUAGGCCUAUAUUACGACAUGUCCUCGACAAAAAGAAAGUUACACGAAACCGAUGAUGAAGAAGAAACUUCUACCGAUGCACAUCAGAUUCAACCAAAGAAAAAGAAAGUUUAUCAGCAAAUAUUCUUGCGUGAAUAUCAGACAAAAUUUACUGAGUUGCGUUCUUCAUCGAAGGGUCCAUCAUACGCGCACUGCACAAUCUGCAAGUCGGACUUUUCAGUAGCACAUGGCGGCCAAAACGAUUGCAAAAAACAUUAUGAAACCAAAGCCCAUAAGUCCUCUAAAGAAGCACUGAGUCAAAGUACAACCUUGACAUCUUUUUGUCAAAGAUUAAAUUCAAAAUCUCAUUUCCAAGAUCAAGUAACUCGCGCAGAAGCUCUGAUGUGUAGCUUAAUUCCAGAACUCAAUCUUUCGCUUUCUGCGGCUGAUACUCUUUCUAAGGCAUUUGUUAAAAUGUUCCCAGAUUCCAAAAUUGCAGCAAGUAAGUCGGCCUUUUUCUUUAACUAUUAAUGUAAUUAUUAUUAUUUAAACUAUUUAUGGACCAUGUGAGCCAGCUUGAAUCUUAUUAUGAAUGAAUAGAUGGUCUUUUAUUUAACAGCUUUUCACACUAUAGCUUAGUGCCAUAUAUAUAUAUAUAUAUAUAAAGUUAUAGUGUUUAAAAUAAAAAAAAUAUAUGUAGGCUAAUAUAAAAAGUAAACACAUUUUUUAUUUGUUUAAAAUUAAGCCGAUACUUUACAAAAGUCUACCUAAUAAUGGUUUAUAAAAUGAAAAAGAGAAAAUUUAUUAGUACAGUUUUAAAGAUGAUUUGUGCCAUUGGGAUAAUUAUUUUAUUGUACCAGAUAUUGUCAUCAAUAUAUUUAUUAUUUUCAUUUAUUAAUUUCAGAUAUAAAAUGUGGGAGAAAUAAAGCAACAGCUAUGAUUUUAGAAAUGUCUGCAAUGACUAUGAAUAAAUUAGCCAUUAGAAUGCAGAGAUUGCCAUUCAGUAUUGCCACUGAUGGUAGUAACGACUCAGACAAAAAGCAGUUCCCUCUAGUUGUCACCAUUGAGGGAGAGGAUGGCCUUGUAAAUUCUCAUCUCCUAGCUUUGCCGGUGUGCAAAGAGUCCUCGGCCACAGGACAGAAUAUAUUUAAGACCAUGGCGGAUGAAUUGCAUUCACAGGGCAUUUCAUGGGUAAACUGCAUUGCAUUUGGCUGUGACAAUGCCAAUGUGAUGACUGGCCAAUACAAUGGAGUAUACAGUUUCAUUAAAAGAGAGCAAGACAGCAUUUAUCUGGCAAGAUGCUGCCUCCAUCUGGUGCAUCUUGCAGCUAAAAAGGGGGCAUCCUGUCUACCCCCAGUUGAGGAGGUGCUGGUUGACAUUUUUUACUUCUUCAAGAAAAGUGUGAAGAGACAAAGUGAAUUGAAGAAUCUGCAAGUCCUGUAUGAUGCAGAACAGAUGAAAAUUAUUAAACAUGUCUGCACCAGAUGGCUUAGUAUUGCACGAUGCUUGAAAAGAUUGAUUGAAAAUUGGGACCCCUUGAUGCACUUCUUUCAUGAAGAAAAAUAUAAAAAUUCCAAACCAAAUAAGAAACCAAAUGAUGUUCAGACGACUGCUGAGUUGGAAGGACAUUGCACAACUUACUCUGUGAAGAAAGUUGAUGCCAUUUAUGAAUUUUUGCGGUCACCAACAAAUAGACUUUUCUGCCAUUUCUUGUCUUACACACUGAAAGUGUAUGAUCAGGUGAGAUGAAUUCUUGCAUUUCAUGAGUCUUGAAGGGUGCAUAAUUUUGCUCUCAUUUCAUUAGAUCCGCAAUAUUUUCUUACAAUUCAUUUUCUUUAGUGCAAAGUUUUCUUUAAUGGACCAUAGUAAUUUUGUAUAAUUUACUAUACCGUUGUACUUAAUACCGGUAGUACUAAUUGUUCAUUUUUAUGACACAUGGUUAUUUUUAUAGGUACUUGUCCAACUACAGGCAGAAAAACCAAUGAUCCAUACGCUAAAGGAGAACCUCUACAGCCUGAUUGGUGACUUGUACAGCAGAUUUCUCUUGCCCACAGCAGUUAAUGGUAUUGACAUUGACAAGGUGAGCUUUGAUUAUGUAAAUGUAUGCAUUUAUGUUGUAGUUUGACAAAUUGAAUACAUUUCAUUUGUUAUAAAUUAUCAUUUACAUGGUUUAUCAUGAUACCUACAGUACUAUUUUAUUAUCUUUUUUUUUUUUCUCUUUCAGGUCCAAUACAAGCUAAGAAGCAGUCAGAAAGAUGAUGCUGACCUGCUUAUUGGAUCCCAGGCAAAGACCAUGCUGGAAAACAAAGAAAAGUACAGCCUCAGAGACAAGAGGAUUGUAGAGUUUUAUGCUUCUGUUCGCAAAUAUUUUGAGAUGGUGCUUGACUACUUACUAAAAAAACUUCCCCUAGCAGAUCCUGUACUUCAGAAUGCCUCUGUAGUGGAUCCAAAAAGGAGAUUGGAGGUUAAACAACAUCAGUUGGAAUACUUCCUUACCAGAUUCCCUGUUCUGAUCCCCAGCGGGACUGAUGUUGACACCAUCUAUGAAGAGUUUGCUAGGUAUCAGCAGAUGAACAUUGAUGAUUGUGAUGAGGAUGGGGUAAGAGUUGACAGGAUUUGGCAAACAAUUAGCCAAAAGCACCCAUCCCUUAAGAAUCUUGCCCAUGUAGUGAAAGGGAUCCUCACCAUACCUCACUCCAGUGCUGCCUGUGAGAGAAUAUUCUCUAUGGUGCGAAAAACAUGCACAGACCAAAGAACAACAUUAGCACAAGAAACAACAGAGGCUUUGUUAGUCCUUAAGGGAAAAUCGGGAAGCUGCUUGGACGUGGAUGAAAAAUUCAGCGCAAAAGAACUCCAGCAGCUUAAAAGCUCAUACUACAACUCACUGAAGAAAUAUGAAUAAAAAAUUGUGUAAAUAUCUAAAAAUUCUAUCAGUAUCAGUAUACAUAAAACUGUAUGAUUUACAUAAAAUUUUGAUUGACUUUGUUCACAUUUGUUUCUUUUUAUUGAUAAAUAGCAAGCUUCAUCGAUAACAAAAGCUAUUUAAAUUAUUUAUAAAGUGUAUACUCAGUUAAAGUAUGUACUUUUUUUUACUGCUACCAUUAUUGACUUUGUUCACAUUUGUUUCUUUUUAUUGAUAAAUAGCAAGCUUCAUCGAUAACAAAAGCUAUUUAAAUUAUUUAUAAAGUGUAUACUCAGUUAAAGUAUGUACUUUUUUUUACUGCUACCAUUUUGUUCAGUAUUGUACUAUUCUGAGACAGUAUUGUACUAUUUUAAGACGGAAUUGUACUAUUUUGAGAUGGAAUUGUACUAUUUUUGGAGUUGCUGGGUAAACAGGUCUGAUCACGAGAAAGAGGGAACUAAUUUUAUAUAGGAGACACGCUUAAGUAGAGUGGGGAGUGCACGAUUUUUAUCUGAAAGGGAGCAGACAUAUUGAUUUUCUCUCAAUGGAUUAUUGAGUUAUUGUGAUUUAAUUGUGAUAUGAUAUAUUGAAUAGUAUGGGAUUAUAGCAUCAUAGAAUUAUUGCAGGACAUCCUAAUGGCAAGUCUUAUUAUUAAUGUGGUUGUUUCUUAUAUUAAAGUACUGUAAAAAUUCAUUGGACUUUGCCACUUCAUUGUGUGAGAUUAGAACAGAUAAGUUUGAGGAGUGAAAGAAUUAAUUAUUCAGGUGAUAGCGGCAGGCCAUCCAUUACAGUGAGCAAAGUAAUAGUUAACCAUGUUACUUCAAGAAUUGCAAUAUCUACAAUAGAAUAACAUGUGUUACAUAUGGGUUUGGCAAUACAUUUCAGAUGAUCCCAUCAGAAAAAAAUUGAAAUACCGGUACUUAAUUUGUUUAAGUUUCAAAUGCUAUUGGAUUUUUAAUUUGUAUCAGAAAUAAUAUUUUUUUUACACAUAAUGAUUUUAAAUAUGAACAAUUUUAUCCAUUAUUAUUUUAGGCUGUGCACAAACAAGGACUAUUUGAGAUUAGUGUGAAAGAACUUACAUCAAAGAUUGAUAAUAAUGCCAAAUCACAACAGUUUUCUGAUAGAGAACUAAACAAAGAGAUUAUAACUUUGGAUGAAGUAAGUGGGUUAAAUAUAAUCAUAAACGUAAUCCUUUGUGGCAACCAUUAAUAUUUCUAUUAAGUAUCAUUAUACGUAUAGGAGAAUUUGUUAUUGUAACCGAAGAGCACAGAAUAAUGCGGCUCGCAUUGUUCUCCGCAAUCGCAAGUUCGACCAUGCAAAAACACUUCUGAGAGAGUUGCACUGGCUGCCGGUGCGUGCUCGCAUAGAGUACAAAAUCGCAACUUUGUGCUACCGCUGCUUACAUGACCUGGCGCCAUCCUAUCUGAAAGAGCUGCUGACGCCUUAUGUAACCACUAGAGAGCUCCACUCAUCCGAUAGUGGCAAACUCUCGACACCAUGUGUUUGCCUUAAGACUUACGGAAAGCGCACUUUCGCAUUUGCUGGUCCAACAAUUUGGAACGCCCAUCCUGUCGAUCUCAGAAACAACCAGACACUGGAGUCCUUUAAAACCGAUUUAAAGACACAUCUAUUUCGCAAACACCUUCUGGGAUGAUUGUCUACCUUAUUUUCCAGUUAAUGCAUAAUGGCUGUGUUGCUUAUGGUUGAAAUGGCUAGAAAGACUUUGACAUUGUAUGCUUGAAAUUAGUUUUUGUAGUGUUGCAUUUGUUUUAAAUGUGGUAAAUUAUAGAUUUGUUUUUUGUUGACUUUGUACAACGCUUCGAGCCUUUGGGAUGAAGCAUGUUUUUGAAAUGAACUUUAUUAUUAUUAUUAUUAUUCUCUGUAUCCAAUUUUAUGAAUUUAUCUAAAUAUCCUCUUACUUGCUUAUUGUUGAGUAUGGGAGUUCAUUAAUAAUUGUUGCGACUGAAUGUUAUGUUUGAUUACGUGCAUUGUGUGUAAGAGAGAUAAAUUAGGCCGUGAACGCUCUUCCCGCCCUUGACUUGGUGACAUAUUUUUAUGCUGAUUAUGAUGUAUUGUCUUAUCUGUUUUGUGAUGCACGUUUUAUUUGUCAGCAGUCUUGAAAGGAACUUUGUGACAGGAGGUUGUGUUUUAUUUUUGUCUGAUAGCGAGCUGCGCUAUAUGCAUGUGUUGAUUUAGUUAACAGACUGUGUAUAUAAUUAGAUAUUAAAGUUACAUUUAUUGUGAUGAAUGACUUAAGUUUAUUUAGUGCUAGUACAACAUAUAACAAUGUGUGAUAGAACUUGAUGAAUUAACCAAUCUAGUAGAAACAGGAGUUGACACUUAUCAUGCAUCUGCACUGAAGGCGGUGUUGUAAAUUUAUACUAAAUUCAAGUAUUGUUUUUUUAUAAUAGAUUAUUUUUAGAUAUUCGAUUAGCUUCUAGUUUUACUUCCAACAAGCAGAUGACCCACUCAAAAUCGACAAGUGGGUAGAAAAUCUGACCAUUCUAAUAAGAGGCGACAUCCAUGGUUUCAGAAAAUGUCUUGAAUGAUUCUAGCAGUUGAGAUGGGAUUAAAUAUGAGCAUUGAAAUUGUCUUUUGUAUAAACCUGAUCUCCAUUUAUAUGCCAUGAAUAAGCUUCUUGUUUUUCACACAAUAUUUUUUCAAGAUCUGAUUUUAACCAAGUUUAAGAAAUUAACUAUAGCAAAAUAUAGAAAUAGUGUGAAAGUUCAUAAUCAUUGUGUGGAUGAUGUCAGUUCAAACACAAAUAGAAAAACUGGUUAAAAAUAAAUACUUUCUAUUUUUCCAUUAAGGUAUUAAGCUUAGGGAAAUCCGUUUUAUGUUAUGCAUAAAACUUGAAUGUUGAGGCAAAUGUGUGACAUGUUAUUAAACAACUACUGAUUCUCUAUAAAAAAACACCUUGCCCAGGCUUAGUAGAUUUGCUAGAGACAAUUUUACCAAAAUUACCCCACCAUAUCUUGGAGACGGAUAGAUUCCAAAAAAACAUAAAUUAAAAAACGAAAUAUUAAUCUCAUACAAUAAAUGUGACCUAAACAUUUCCCAACACAUUGGGACCACUACAAAGUUUGAGCAGCUUGGUUACAGCACAUAUAAUGACUUUUUUUUUUCCUUCUCUCUUUUAAAAGGAAAUAGCUCAAUCAAGUAUCUCAUAUUGGAAAAGGGAUUCUCUUCGAGGAGAGCUCAAAGUGUUGAAAAAGAAAAUGGAUGAUAUUGACAAAGCCCGAAAAGCUGCAGUAGUCAAUGAGGUUUGUUUGUAUUUAUUGGACUAUGCUAACCUUCUCUCUAGGGUGUGCAAAGAGGCACAUGACCAAAGUCCAUUAUUUUUUGGACAUUUUUAAAUUAAAAUAAAGUUGUUCAGAAGUUAAAAAAACAAUCACCAAAGUCUACCUUCAAGUAAUUCUAUAAUUGUAUAAUUCUGCAUUAGCAAAUAUCUUCGACAUUUAGUUUUACAGUGGAACUCCUAUAUUUGUCAGCCACUGUAUAUGUUAAAUUUAAUAUGCAUCAAAUUUUCAGGUAAAAAAAUGUUACCAUAUUCAUAAGUGUUAUCCAUACUUGUCACUUCCACCAUCAGUCAUCACUGGCACUGCAGUCAGUUCGAAGUCAGCUGGUCAACUCAACCAGCCUUGUGCUAAGGUCAACUCCUGCUAAUUUCUCUUGGAAAUUUUUAUACUUUAAAAACAAUAAGAAGAGGUGUGAGAACCAGAAAAAAAAAAUCAGUUUUACAAAGAAACAAGAAGUUGAAACAAUGAAAGAAACUUUGUUCUCUCAAGUAGAGGCUCCAUAACUACUUAGGACAUGAAGAGAAUGCUGUCUCUUGGUCCAAAACUCAGAAUAUGGUAGAAAAGUAGAACCCACUUUUUGCCACAGUUGACCAAAUCGUAAAUACUACUGUAAGUUUAGUGUAAGUAGGUUUAAAAAACAAACAGGAACAGACAACAAUGGAAGAAUUCUUUGUUAAAUUAAGCGCUACUCUGAAUCCUCAACAAAAUGAAACUCAUUGAUAGAUUUGGUGUUCCCUGAUGUAUUCUCUCCAGUGAUGGUGACUUUCAUUCAAAACAAUAAUAAUUUAUCUCCUCUUCUUCUUCUAAUACUAGCAUCAUGUCAUCAUAUCUACUCAUUUAGUAAAGGGUUUUGUCCCAAUUCUAUAAAAUUUAUUUACCAUUUUUUGAGGCUUUGAAAAUUGAAAUUCAUUUAUUUCUUAAGGAAAAAACUCUUAUUUUAUAUUCGUCAGGCCUUAGGAGCAGAUUAUUGAAUAAUAUAGAAGUUCCGCUGUACAAAGGAACAACGACUUGUACUAAUUUAUGCUCCUAUUUCAUCUAGGUUGUGGAGCAGAGUAAAAAAUUAAUUGAGGAAAACCCUGAUCAAAAGUUUAUAGUCCAUGAAUUCAAAGCUGGCUCUAAUGCUAAGGUGAGGUUUUUCUGUACCGGUAUUAGAAUAAAAGCAUGUAUUUUACCACACGAACCAUUAGUUCAGUGUUUGUGCGAUUAUGAGACUUUGAAGAAAAGUCAUUCACUUAAAAGCUGUUCAAUGUUAUUGUCCAUAGUUCAAAUAACCUCUAUUUAGACUUGAGUUGCAGAUUUAGUCAUCUCUGUGAGAAUUAGUUUUUACAUCAAUAGAUGCCUUUCUAAAAGUUGUUAAAAUUCUAAUAAUACAUAAACAUGUAUCUUCAUACCAUGCAUCAAAUCUGUAUUUGAAAAUGUACUUUUAUUAUAACAAUGUGACUAACAAAUAAAUCCUUUUGCCAGUGUGCAAAACAUGAUGACAUUGAUCGGUCACUUUUCUUUGACUAGGUCCUUGUUCUUUGACCAGGUCCUUGUUAACUAUUUACAACGUUCAACAUAUUGAAUCUGUUCAUCAGUUUAUCCACAAUGUAUAGUUUUCAAAAUUAAACAGUCCAAGUUAUACUGAACACAUACACUUUUGAACAGCCCUAGUUCUACACAUACACUUUUGAACAUUCCUCGUUAUACACGUGCAUCUUGGAUGAUGUUAAUAUUGUUCAAUGUGAAAAAAUCACAAAACGUGAUACCAAUUGUAUGCAAAACAAAUAUUUUUAUUUAAAUACAGGUGGGAUAAUCAUUCAGAAGGAAAUUAAAUAUUGAGAAUGGGCGCACAACAAAAGGAAUGUUAUUUACCAGUUUUGUUUAAAUGUUCGAAUGUUAUCUAUCACUUAUACUGUUAAUAGCCGACAUAUGGAUUGAAACUGUUGAAAGCUUUCAGCACCAUAUAAGAUGUAUAUGAUUUAACACAAAUUUUCCUAAGUUUUUAUACCCGUACUGUGAUCUUUCUUAGUAAAACAGAUGUAGGAAAAUUGUUGGUUCCCAUACAACAAUCAGUUAGUAUAAGAUGGUGAAUUUAGUCCUUAGUUGGCCCCAUCCCCUCAUAAUUUUAAUCUUCCAGACAAACAAAAGAUAAUCUCUAGGGAAAAAAUUGUAUAAAAUUGUUUGAAUGAAUUUUUUAAACUUCAUUAAACAGAUGUUGCCUCUUAUUCUCAUUUUUAGACAUUUGUUUGAACUAAAAUUCUUUCAGUAAUAAGAAAGUAUAACUAUAACUAAUAAAUGAAAUGAACCACCUGGAAUUUAUGAUUCACGCUAUCCUGCUAAGGAUGUGAGAUAUUCAUUCAUUCUUUAAAUGGAGAGAAUUCGUUUCUGAAUGAGAGUAAAAUUUUAUUCCAAUGGAGCUUAAACUUUGUUACAAAAUUUUGAAUAAUUUUAUCUCCAAUAAAAAUUUUAGGCCUUAGAUGCUGCAAUGAAGCAGUACAAAACCUCAAGUCCACAAACUGCUGCCAUGUUUUUCUCAGUUGACCAGGAUGCUGGGAAGAUAUUAUGCAUGAGUUGUGUGCCUAAGGUUGGUUUAUGAUUAUGACCAUUGCAUUCAAUGGAAAACAAUAUUUUUAAUGCAUUGACAAUAUCUGGGUUUAAUACUUUUUAACUCUUGCUACAUUAAAGAAAAGUUUAAAUCAGAUUAGACUUACAACUAAAAACUUUAAAUUAUUUACAGGUAUAGCAUGCUGUUUAGUUUAAUCAUUACAAACUAUAUCAAAACUUUAAUUUAGUGUGAAACUAAAAUAUGUUAUUGUGUAAUGUAGUUGUUGAUCUAUAAAAUAUACAUCUAGCAGCAGUUGUCUUCUAGUUGGGACUCUUUCUUUACUACGUGCUGUAAAAUUGAAACACAUUUGUUUUGGCUUUUUUUCACCAGGAAACAUUUCCAACAGGCUUGAAUGCCAAGAUUUGGGUUGACACAGUUGUGCCUAUCAUCAAUGGGAAAGGUGGUGGCAAAGAUCUUGCAGCUCAGGCUACUGGUACUAACACCAAAGGCCUUCAGGAGGCACUAACAGUUGCAACCAACUUUGCUAAGCUUAAACUGUCCUGAUCACUUACUGUUCAAUUUUAAGGUGACAAGAAGUUACCCAAUGUUUACAAUUCUAAAGUGUUAUGCAAAUAUAUGAUAAAUCAUACCAUGUUUGUAGAAUCUAAAUAUAAUACAAAGACAGACCUAAUUGUGCUUGAUUUUUGUGUUAAGCUAAAAUAAUAAAUCUGUUCAGAAAAAGUCAAUGAUCUAAGUUAUCUGCUUUCAUCUCUAUUUAGGUCAGGUUUAAACUAAAUCACUACAACUUGAUCAAUCAAUAUUAAAAUAUUCAUAAUAAGGUGUGUGUUUGAUACCAUUUAAUUGUAAAAACAGUAUUCUAUAGAGGUUAAGUGUAUGUUAGUGUCACCACACCAAAAUGCUUCCUGACCAUUAUUGUCUAGUAUAUCAAAAUGCUCAAGUGCCUUAAGGUAUAGAUACCGCCGUUUGUAUUGGCUGUCACCAAUACUGAUACCAGUAUGGUAUAUGAUGAAAGUUAACAUUUUGCUAUUUCUCUGUAUAUGAAAGUUAACAUUUUGCUUUCUUUGUCAAUGUCAUUUCACUAGUGAUAUUUCUGUUUGUUUUUUGUUUUUUGACAAAUAAAAUGUUGCUGUGUGUUAAUUUUUCAUAGAUUAAUAACUAUUGAGUUACCAAUAUUUUCCAGAAGUUUUAUUGAAGUUGAAGCUCAGAGUGAUAGAGAUAGUUAGCUUUUAUUAAAAUAAAUUCAUUAAUUAAUAUACAUGAUAUUGAAGACCAAACUCAUUAACCAACAGUCUUUCCAAUGAAUUACAAGGUUCCUUAAAAUAAAUUUUUGCUUAAACUAUUAAAGUUGAAAUGUAAAGGUAUUAAUUUCAUUUCUGAAAUUUUAUUCAAUCAAAAAUAGUUUUAAGCAAUUAUACAUAGUCUAAUUUUUCCUGUUUUUGUAAUAAUUUUUUUUUUUACAAAAGUUUGAUUUGUAGAUAGUAUUAUUAGUAGCUUCACAUUUAAGAACCAUUAGCUGAUCUAUAUUAGAUUUUAAAUAAAUGAUAUUUUAGAAUAGUGCACACACAAAAGUGACUACCGUACUUAGGACUAUACGUGUUAUAGCAUUGAUAUAAACGUUUUUGUUCUCAGUUUCAUUUUAAAAUGUUAUUUCAAAUCACCAUAAUAAAUAUCUCUUGAAGAAAUUUGCAUUGGAAUGAGUCAAAUUUAAAGUUUAGGUAGGUUGACCAAAUCAUGAAUUGGAAAAAGGGGACACUUUCAGGGCCGG